AUGUUGAAGAUGAACGUGAGUUCGAUGAUGGUCAUCAUCAGCCAGAUCGUCCUGUCUGCAAAUGGAGUAUGGACGUCCCCGCUAAGCCUGGACACGCGGGAGGCGAAUGGGGCGCACUACUUCCCGACGAAAGGGCGCCGAGCGCCGGCCGAGAAGCCGCUGGACCGGCGGGCACUCCCGCUUGGCGCGCCUGGCCCGGGCCCUGUUCCCGUGCUGGCCGGUCCUGGUCCCGGAGCCGCACUCGGCGCCGGUUUGCAUGCGGCCGGCGGCAUCGUGGGCGCAGCACUCGGCGCAGUUGGCCCCGUGGUGGGCGCCCUCCAUGCGGGGCUAGGCGCAGGCAUCGGCCUAGGCGGGCCACUCCCUCCCCUACCAGGCGGCCCGUUCCCCCCACACCCCGUCGGAGCAGUCGUCAUCCAUGGCGGCCCGUCUGCGCCGAUCGUCGGCGCCAGUGCAGCCGGUUCCGGCGCAGAUUCCUCUGCUGAUGCUCACCUAGCCGGCGCUGAUGCGCAGGCCAAAGCCACCGAUGACGGCCCGCCAAAGCCCGCCGAUGAUGCUCCGCCAAAAGCCGACGCUGAUCCUAGCGCCUCAGCUGCACAAGCGGACAGCUCAUCGAACAGCAAGGCUUCCGCCACUUAG